CACCAAAGUAAUAAUUUAUUCACUCGCCGAGACCUGAGGCUUGAACGUUGGAACGUAUGUUGAACGUUUUAUCCCCAGGUCUGACGAGAGACUAGUCAAUUUUGAUCAAUCACACAAUCCGAAACAUUCGAUCGAUCAUUUUCAACAAAGACAUGAUUCACAAACUUGGCCGUCGUACCAGGUUGGUGCGUCUGAUUACUUUGAGUUCUGAACUUUCCCACUUCUUAGCUUCUCGCGAUCGCAUGCGUGUCGCAGAUCCUCAAGUUGCCUAGGUUGCGCCAUCCAGAAUCUCCGAGACUUCGAACAAUAACUACCCCGGACGACCACGAGUCAACAUUUUGCCUUUUGACACUUGUUCUAUCGCGGUAAUUUUUGGCCCGAGUUCGUUGUGAUUAGUACCAAUGCAUGCCUGUCUGUUGAUCCCAGAGAUGUUGAAAGCCAUAUUCGCGGAACUGACGCAGGUCACAGAGAGCGGUGUUCAACCAUCAUUUACCACUCUGUACCACCUGGCAUUGACGUGUCGAGCUUUCCGAGAGCUGGCACUGGAUGCCCUAUGGGCACAUAUUCAAACGCCAGAUAUGCUUGUCAUGUGGCUGCCUCAAGACGCUCGUUCUCAAGCUGUAAAAUUCACCGUGAGGGGUCGCACCAUGUUGGAUAUCUGUGGAUUUAGUAUGCGGCUUCUCCGACCCUUGGUCGACGAUGAUUGGGUUACUUUUCAAAAGUACGCGUGUCGCGUGCGCUCACUCACUUUCGAAAGAUAUGAUGACUGGAAAGCUCGUAAGCUGCACGAUAGUGCUGUGCUCGCUCUUCUCAACUCUCCUGCUUCGCCAUCCUCCCCGUUCUCUCUCCUCCGCGAGCUGUACUGGAAUGACCAACGCGACGUGCUUCUCCCUUGCCUUCGGCGCUGCAUUUCCAACUCCCUUACUCGACUAGUCAUCCAUUCGGAGCUUUGGCCAUCAGCAAUGGUCGAUCUCGUUGCAGGUCUGGGAAAAGCUUGUCCCUUGAUCAAAGAAUUUUCUUGCUCGAUGCCACCCGCUAGUGCAUGCACCAUGCUUUCUGAUAUUGUCAUGUGCUGGGAUAAUUUGGAAAUAUUAGAGACGGGAGCAGUGAAUGCACAGACAUUGCAGCAUCUUGCGUCCCUGAAGAAGCUGAGGGAGCUGAAGAUGCUCGUGCCAGAAGGUCACAGCCUGGACCUGGACCCGACUUCGACGUUCAGCGUCAUGUUUUCAUUGGACAAAUUCAGCAUAACCGCUGCAAGGAUCGAGCUACUUCUCGCUUUUUUGGGGCCCUUGAAAAUUUCUGCCAAGUGCGUGAAUCUGCGAAUCGACGCGGCUUCGAAUGCGGGCGAUCUCAACCACCUACUUUCCUCCCUUACUGAGCAUUUCCAACCCAAUGUUCUAAAAUCGUUGGGUGUUUGGGUGGAUCGUCCCGGCCAUUUCGACGAUCACUCCCUUUUCGAACUGCCUAUUUCUGCCUUGCAAAAGAUACGGGCAUUUACAGGGCUCACUAAUCUUGAUCUCAGUUCAGUGCAUGUCACUAUCACCGACGACGAAGUUCUAGACCUCAUUUCCGCUUGGCCGCAAAUGGAAUGUCUUUACCUUGCUACUAGCUGGGACUGGGGAGUCACCUUUUUGGGAGUGACAUUUAGUGGGCUUGCGGGUAUCCUUGAGCGCUGUCCAAAUUUGCGGUCCCUAGGGGUCAACCUAGACACCUCGCCCCCCUACGACUCACCUGUCCAUGUCAGUGACCAAUAUACCGGCAUUGCCAGGGAAAAAGUCACUGACCUCGAUGUUGGGCAUGCGGAAUGCGAAGAUGUUGAGGUCAUUGGCAACAUGCUAGCUGGGAUGUGUCCCAAUUUGACCCACAUCUAUCGCGCGGAUCCCAUAGGUAUAGAUUACGAAGACCCUUCUGAUCAGAAUGAAUGGUUUGAAGGUGCAGAUAGAUGGAAAAAGGUCGAGAGUUUUAUCAUUCAGAAGAGAAUGGAACUGGCGCAGAACAAUGUGUAGGACGAUGAUAUACUAGUUGGUUGGUUGAUGCUACUCAAGUGAACA